AUGGACAACAAGCGCUACGGAGAAGGUCCUCUUCCCGAACAAGCUUACAAUGAUCUCGAGGGAGUUGACAAGGUCACUUCUCUGCCAGAUACCGCUUUCCAUCGCGACGUCGACAAGAUUGUUCUCGACGAAGCUGCCAAGGAUCCCAGCGCCGUAAAGGUUGCCAUUGUCUGCCCUCCCACCAUCUACGGAACCGGCCGAGGGCCUGCCAACCAGCGAAGUCGUCAAAUCCCAGGCUUGACCGAGACGACUCUCGAGAAGGGCUUUGGUCCCAUAAUCGGCGCUGGCGAGACAGAGUGGGACAAUGUGCACGUCCACGAUCUCUCCAAAUUGAUCGUUCUUCUCUCUGAUCGCGCAGCUUCAUCUGAGAAACAGUCUGAUGAGCAGGAAAUCUGGGGUCCAAAGGGAUAUUUUUUCGCUGAAAACGGUAAACAUAAAUGGAGCCAGAUCUCUGCUCUUAUUGCCAAGGAGGCCAAGAAGCAGGGUGUUAUUGAGAGUGAUGAGACCAAGGUUCUCGAUGUUGAUGAGGCACAGAAGAAGCUGGGUUUCCAGGCUCUUUCGUGGGGCUUGAACAGUCGUGGUGAGGCUAAGAGGGCGAGGAAGUAUCUUGGUUGGAAACCAGAGGGUGAGAGUUUGGAGGAGUGGAUUCCCGAGUCGGUGCAGAUUGAGGCCAAGAGAUUGAACAAGGCCUAA